AUGCCUUUAUUUGGAAAAAAAGAUUUCGGUAGGAAAUCUAAAAAGGAUGCAAAGGAAUCAGAAAAACAGCCUUCCAUCGAGGACAAAUACGUGGUAAAAGACCUUUUAGGCACCGGCGCCUUUUCUGAGGUAAGGCUAAUAGAGAGCAAAGAAAAUGGACAGCUGUUUGCUUGCAAAAUUAUUGACAAGAAAGCGCUUAAAGGCAAAGAAGACUCGUUAGAGAAUGAAAUACGAGUUUUGAAACGAUUUAGUGAGAACGCUAAAGGCGAGGGAGCCGAAAAGAAAAUGUUUUCGCAUCCCAACAUUGUCCAGCUGCUUGAAACAUACGAGGACAAAAGCAAAGUCUAUUUAGUUAUGGAACUCGUAACAGGUGGCGAACUGUUCGAUAGAAUCGUUGAGAAGGGGUCAUACACUGAAAAAGAUGCGUCCAAUCUUAUAAGACAAGUCCUGGAGGCUGUGGAUUAUAUGCACUCCCAGGGUGUGGUGCAUAGAGAUCUGAAGCCUGAAAAUUUGCUGUACUACAGUUCAGAUGAAGACAGCAAGAUAAUGAUUAGUGAUUUUGGGCUAUCCAAAAUAGAGGAUUCUGGUAUAAUGGCAACAGCCUGUGGAACACCAGGCUAUGUUGCUCCUGAAGUGCUAGCACAGAAACCAUAUGGAAAAGCAGUUGAUGUUUGGAGCAUAGGUGUCAUUUCAUAUAUUUUACUCUGUGGUUACCCACCAUUCUAUGAUGAGCAGGAUUCAAACCUCUUUGCGCAGAUUCUCAAAGGUGACUUUGAAUUUGAUUCGCCCUACUGGGAUGAUAUAAGCGAAUCAGCUAAAGAUUUUAUAAGACACCUGAUGUGUGUUGAUGUUGAGAAGAGAUACACUUGCAAGCAAGCUCUCGCCCAUCCUUGGAUCUGUGGUAAUGAAGCCAGCAGCAAGAACAUACAUGGCACUGUAUCAGAGCAACUCAAGAAGAACUUUGCUAAAUCUCGCUGGAAACAAGCUUACCAUGCCACCACUGUCAUUCGUCAAAUGCAGAAACUAAUGAUUCUUAACAGCAGUAGCUCGAGCCGCAGCACAAAUGCCGCCAGCAAAUCUCAAAAUCAGCAGCAAUAA